AUGCGUGCCGUAGUGUUGUGCUUUUCACUGUGUAUCGGCUACGUUGCCAGCAGGCUGUGGCGGAAAGGAGUUGUGCAUUAUGCGAUCAAUAAAAAAGAUUACGAUGUACACUCGCAGGACGAGAUAAUAACAACCCUAUCGCUGCUGCAGAAAGAGAUAUGCGUGAAGUUCUUCUACACACCGAUGAACUUUAACGCAAACGAAAAUGAUAAAAUCCUGUACAUAAGUAACCCAGAAAAGAGGAAGAGUUGUCCGCCGAGUGUAUACAACUUUAGCGGUACUGUUAUCGACAUGCCUAUAGGCUACAAAUGUAUAAACAAGCAAGACAUCGCGAGGGUCAUAGUCGAUAUGCUUCGAGACAGCAUCGAACAAACCGUGUCAUCAAUUAACAGCUAUGAUUUGGUCAAGAAAUUCUACGAUAGAGACCAAGACCCCGCGCGGCCGUCGCUCCUGAAGCCGGUGGAUAGGAACUUCAUAAACGCCCACUACCAUGGCGAGUGCGGUCGGCUGGCGCAGCCGUCGAUAGCGUCCAGGCGGCAGGGCGCCUCCGGCACGGAGCCGCUGAAGCUCACGGAGGCGAACCUGCAGUACUACUCCGGCAAACUGUGGCCGCUCGGCAUCGUCAUGUACGGCGUCGACGACAAGCUGCGUGCAACAUCCGACUAUAACGCGCUCAAGUACGCCAUGACCACUAUAGAACUGUCCAGUUGCGUGGUCUUCCAAGAGAUAGACACUAACGACGGAGUGCUGCGGCCCAAGAACUACAUAUGGUUCACCAGCGACGGGGAGGAACAGCCGCGUUUGGGGUUCGUUCCCGGGAAACAGACAAUAAAUAUGGAGAGUAUGGUGCGCGGGGCUCCGGGACACAGCGCCCAUGUGCUGGUCAACUUGAUGAGGACCCUGGGAGUCCACAUGAUGUCCAACCGUCACGAUAGAGAUAGCUACGUCGCUAUAGACUGGAAGAAGAUCCACAAAGGGAAGGAGCAUUACUUCGAGAAAGCGCCGCCCGCCGCCUGGGUGCAGACGCCGUACGACUUCGACAGCGUGACCCACGCGCCUGCCAACUACAUGUGUGGGUCCUGUGAUCUGGGCGGGCAGAGCGUCAGGCCGCUGCAGGACCACCUGUGGCAGAGGACGCUCACGAUGGGCCACAGAAAUGAACUGUGUGAAUCCGAUGGCACAUUACUGGCUUCAUAUUUCUUACAUCCGUUGGAGUUUCUUAAACGUAUUGAGAAACGAAUGCGAUGCGUCGCGACUUGUGUCAUCGUAGUUGUUAUAGAAUCG